UUCUUCCUUCCGAAGCCUUUUGCUCCGCUCCUUUGCGCGAUGGAGUGCGGAAGGCGCGGGGGUUUCGUUUCCUCUCAACCGGAACCCUGAGGUUUCCUCAAAAGGCGGUGACGUCGGGGGCUAUGACGCAGAAUCUUAGCAACAGCGCCGGCGAGGGGGGAAAGGGCAGCGACCCCGACCGCUCUCCCCUGAGCACCGCCGGGCGCCAUUGCCGAACGGCGGGCCGAGAAGGCAAGGGUGGCAGAAACCAGUGCAUUACUGACUACUUCAAACUAACGGUAAACCAAGACAGAACUGUGUUGUGUUCUUCGGAAAAAAGAAAUGGAGAAAGCGGCUUUGCAGCUGCACAUACUGCACAACUUAGACAAAACAUAUGUUCUCCAAAGCAAAAUCGAAGAAAAAAGUUCCAACCUCCUCCACCAAACAGGAGCCCUAUAAUUGAAGCCUUUUUCAGAGGUGCUAAGUCUGAGCAAAAGGACAAUCCGGAUAAUGGUGUUUAUGUUUCAACAAAGACUAUGCAUUCAAAUACUGUGGUUCGGAAACUUUUUGUUCUGAAUGACUCAUAUGGUCAUUCUUUAAUAUUAAAAGAUAAUACAGAAAACCCUGAAACCCAGAAAAUCCCUAUUCGAACAAGAUCACCAUUAUCAGAAAAUGGCAGAGAAUGUAAAAAGGACUGCGUAGAUCUAGAAUUGAUUGGUUCUCCAAAACCAAAAAGAAGAAGAAAAUUACUGUCCUCGCCAUCGAACAGAAGCCCUAGAAUUGAAGUCUUUUUCAGAGGUGCUAAAUCAGAAAAAAGGGACAAUCCAGAUAAUGGUGUUUCAAUUUCAACAAAGCCUGUCCAACGAAAUACUGUGGACACAAGAGAUAUCUUGAGAGACACAUCAUCCUUCUCGUCACAGAAAUCUUCCUCAGAUGAGUCAUUGGCAACACAUGUGUCAAAAGCUGUGUUAUGUUCAAAGCAGACUUCUGAUAAAAUUGCCAAUAGAGAAAAAAGUGAAUCGUGUCCAUCGGUAUACAUCAAUUCUACAAAUUUAUCAAGAAUAUCCAAACAUAUUCCUGAGAAACAAAAAAGGCUCUCUUUGAAAACAAAAAACUUGGAGAAGCCUGUGAGACAAAACUACAGUGUUAGUAGUUCACCGGAAAAGCAUAAAUCUAACUAUUCAAAACACAGAAGAUGUUCUGAUGAUGCAGCACUAGAGGGUAUGAAGUCAUUUGGCAGUGACUUGCCUUUUUUAAUAGGAUGUUAUGAAGAAGAUGAUUCUUAUACUUUCAAUAAUUCAUCUCUUCUUUCGACAUCAUACCACAAUUCUUUUAAAGGAGAAGCAGAACAGACUGAGAACAAUACUUCUGCCUUGUCUUCAAAAACUACAGACCAGCUUGUGUCAUCUUUAGAAAGUGGCAACAGUGUGCCAUUGUCAGAAAGUUGUCCGCCUGUCACUACCAGUGGAUCUUCAUGCGACUUACACAAGUUGAACAUUGAAGCUUCUAGCUUAAAGGCAGGUGCACCAAGUAGAAAACGAAGUGUUUCUAAUAGUGAAGAAGAAAUCUCUGACCGCAGUCUGGAUAGCAGUGAUGAAGAGAUACUCCUGCCACUUGAGAAAAUAUUAUCUCAGAGUCCCACAUGUGAAAAAAGUCCAGAACGAAUAAAUGAUGAGGAUAAUACAACGGGCACUCUGAUUCUGUCACAUAGUGUUACUUGUUCCAAGCCUUCUGUGGAGAUUAAUGUCUCCUAUCUGAAUCGUCUCUUGGAGGAGAAGGAAGAAUUCAGUAGGGUAGAAGAGCUAGAACGACAGCUACAGCAAGCCAAAGGGAACACUGAAAAAAACUACCCACUUGAAGAACAAACUUAUGAUGAUGAAUUGCUUGCUAAACACAGGGAGAUUUUAGAUAAAUAUUCAAUCAUUGAUGGUAUUCCUGAUCAACAUCCAGGAGAAAAUAUAUUCCAAGUAGCACAAGCUGGGAAAAUCUUCAGUCAACAUAAUCUUGAUCUGAGGAACUUUGGAUUUCAUCCCCAAAAUCCUAUUGAAAAAUACAUGUUUAGUUCAGGGAUAGCACAGCAGCUUUUUGUAAUCACUGAAGGCAUACUGGUGUCUGCUUACCAUAUUUCCCCUUGUCCUGUUCCAAUUCAAAAGUGGAUGUUUCAGAUGAUGUUGGUUCAUUCAGACUGCUCAGUUUCAAGGAAGAUCUUACAAAAAUUGAUGGAUUUAACAAUUUCAAAUGCUCAUCUUGGCAAUGAGGAACCAGUGAUAUGGAUUCCAUCACUAUUCGAUAUAGCAGUUGUGCUGGUCAACUUGGGUGUACCAUUCAACGCACUAUUUCCUCUCCAUGAUUUUCAGCCUAGCUUUACAGAAGAUCAUAUUAGGUCUGAAAUGCCUGCAACAGUGACUCAACAAUCAGAAGAAGAUGUUUUUGGAGAUCCGGUUCCUUUCUUUUUUCUAGUAGAUGUCAAACUUUGCAAUAUGGCUAGGUUUCUACGAUUAUGCAUAAGCAUAUGCAGAGAUGGUUACACGCAGAAAGAAAUAUUUAUCUUGCUACUGUUGCUGUUUAAACUGAGUUUAGAAAAAGAGAUGAAGCAAUUUGUCCUAGUAGAUUUGCAGUGCCUUAUUAUAAAACUACUGGAAAACAUAGACAAGUGGAAUACAAAGAUGCCUGAGUUAUGCUUGGCAAUAAGUUGCCUCUCCAGCCACCAUCACAAUCUUUUGCAUUUAAUCCAGUUUGUCCCCAACUGGACGGAACGAGGAAAAGAAGUAAGAAGACAUCUUAGCUUGGUGGUGCUCUCAAAGCUUCUUGAAAACCAUGUGAACAUACCCAGUAGUCAUGACCAGCAGAUGUCACUUCUAUGCAAGGAGCUGGUCAUGAUGAAACCUUCAACUUUGGUAAAGAAGCUCUUGGAAACAUCGACUGAUGAUAAUGCUGAACUUAGUAAUGCAUCUUUUAUUUCUAAAUUUGAAUCCAAGGCAUAUUAUCUGCUUUAUGUUCUUCUUCACUUAGUCAGAGAAGCUAGCAAUUUUGAGAGCACAAAUCUCAGCCAGAAAAAAUGGCUGUUGAAACUCAGUAGUAUCUUGGAAAAAAACAUAAAAUGUGAUAUUAGGGAAAAUGCCAGGCUAUUUUAUAAAACUAAGGUUAAAGAUGUGGUUGCAAGAACAUACAGCAAAUGGCAGCAAAUGAUAAACAGUUGUCAGCUUAUUCAGGGCAUGAUCCAUGAUUUAGUGGUCCCAAAUGCUGAACAAAAUACAUCAAAACGUCAAAGUGAAUGAAGUGGCCACAGAAAUAUGAGGUUGAAAACUGCAAUCAA